ACAAAGUGACCUUGGCUGCCUUCUGCAGAGCCAAGGAAUCUCACAGGAUACAAAACAGAUCUGGCAGGCUAUGCUUGUUUCUUUUGGAUCCUUGUUUCUGUGAAGAUCACCAAACUACAUCUUCGUUUUAAUGCCCAAGUAUCACGAGAAGCAACUGGAAGAAAAAUGAGAAUGGAGCAGCUAAACCACUUGGUGAAGAAAGAAUGCACUUCCAGGACAGCUUUUUGCAACAGAAACAGAGAUAAGCUGUUAAUUUCGUGAAUAACAGAGAAGAGUUAUAGCUCACCCAGAAGUACUUCAAAGCCGAUCAAUCUGACAAAUCUCCUUUUGCUGCAACAAUUUAAACCAAGUUGGUAGCAGCAGGGUAGGCAGUUGGCACCUAUCAAAAAGGCCAGACAAGAAGCCCAGAAGCCUCCAGCUACUGAUACCAAAUAAGCAUUAAAAAUGGCAAGUGAUCAGUCUGCUUGCCAUCACUGCAUGGAUUCCCUUUGUGGAAAGCAAUAUGCCAUGAAAGAAGAAAGUGCCUACUGUGUGAAGUGCUACAACAGCCUGUUUGCUAACUUCUGUGAAGAAUGCAAGAAGCCUAUUGAGUGCAAUUCCAAAGAUCUUGCUUAUAAAGACUGCCACUGGCAUGAAGCGUGCUUCAAGUGUGCCAAGUGCAAUCACUCUUUGGUUGAAAAGCCUUUUGCUGCCAAAGAUGAGCUCCUGCUGUGUACAGAGUGUUAUUCUAAUGAGUAUUCUUCAAAGUGCUUCCACUGCAAGAGAACUAUUAUGCCUGGUUCUCGUAAAAUGGAGUUUAAAGGAAGUUGUUGGCACGAGGCUUGCUUUGUUUGCCAACAUUGUCAGCAGCCUCUAGGAACAAAGCCUUUGAUUACCAAGGAUGAAGACAAUUAUUGUGUGCCUUGUUUUGAGAAGCAAUUUGCUCAGUGUUGUUACUCCUGCAAAAAGAUUAUAACCACUGGUGGUGUGACCUAUCAUGACCAGCCAUGGCACAAAGAAUGCUUUCUAUGUACCGGAUGUGAGAAGCAGCUGGCAGGGCAACGGUUCAUUUCCAAAGAUGAACAUCCUUACUGCCUUGAGUGCUUCAGCCGGCGCUAUGCAAAGAAGUGUGUGGCCUGCACCAGGCCUAUUACAGCUCUCGGUGGAGCCAAAUUUAUCUCCUUUGAGGAUCUCCAGUGGCACAGUGACUGCUUUAAGUGUGGGAAAUGUUCCACCUCCCUGGUGGGAAAGGGAUUCCUAACCCAGCAAGAUGAGAUCCUCUGCUGCAAGUGUGGUAGCGCUGCAUAGCUCACAAGAUCUGAAAGUAAACCCAUUAUUUUACAUGCAUUUUAAAUAUCACACACAUAAUUGCUCAGUGGUUCAAACCUGUCUCACAACAGUUGCUCAGUCGUGCAAACCACUUUUUGACAGCAUUUUUAUCACAGCAGGUAUACAUCCCUUGCAUCCUGUGUAACCACUUUAUAUGUGACAGGGUUCCUGCUAGAAAACAGUUAGAAAGAUAUAUUAACCUGAAAGAGUAUGUUUGUUUCCUUGUAGUAGACUGCACCCUACUGUUGGGAGUAGAAGAAUGAGCAAGACAGACCAAUACUGUGUCCAUAUGCUAAUAAACAGAGCUUACAUGACAGCUCUUUUGAAGAAGCACCAAAAUGAGACAGUAUUUAUCACGGUAUCAGUCCCUUUUCAUACCUAUAGUGGUCAUCAACGGAGGGUGAUGUCAAACAGCAGCACAGCUGUGUUCUAUGGCUUUGGAAGAAAACAAUGAGGAUAUUCUGUUAUAUUCUGCUUCCCCUAGAGGUGCCUUUCUGAAUUACAACCCAUAAUCAACUCACAAAAAUAAGUGCCAAACUUAACAUGUCUGGUGUCUUUGUAUUUAUUUGUUUUCCAAAGUGUCAUGGUGGCUGUCCUGGUUUGGAUCAGAAAUACAGGAAGAUUUAACCAUUUCCCUAUGCUGGUGUCCCAGUACAAAUCAAACAGGUACUGGCCCAGGAACCUUUGCUAUCUGAGGCGAAGAACAAAAUGGUACACCUUCUUCAUUCCAUGUACAGAAGCCAACUGGGUUGGCAGAUAAAUCUUAUAGCAACACUUGUGAAGGUAUAAGGUCCUUCAGCAGUAUAAGGGGGGGCAGGACAACAAGCUUAUAGAUAGAGGUCAACAAGCAUAUAGAUAGAGGUGGUCCAGUGGACAUAGUGUACUUAGACUUUCAAAAAGUGUUUGACAAGGUACCUCACCAAAGACUUCUGAGGAAGCUUAGCAGUCAUGGAAUAAGAGGAGAUGUCCUCUUGUGGAAUUGGUUGUGGAUAAGGAAUUGGUUAAGAAGCAGAAAGCAGAGAGUAGGAAUAAACAGACAGUUCUCCCAAUGGAGGGCUGUAGAAAGUGGAAUCCCUCAAAGAUCGGUAUUGGGACCUGUACUUUUCAACUUGUUCAUUAAUGACCUAGAAUUAGGAGUGAGCAGUGAAGUGGCCAAGUUUGCUGAUGACACUAAAUUGUUCAGGGUUGUUAAAACAAAAAGGGAUUGCGAAGAGCUCCAAAAAGACACCUCCAAACUGAGUGAAUGGGCAGAAAAAUGGCAAAUGCAAUUCAAUAUAAACAAGUGUAAAAUUAUGCAUAUUGGAGCAAAAAAUCUUAAUUUCACAUAUACGCUCAUGGGGUCUGAACUGGCGGUGACCGACCAGGAGAGAGACCUCGGGGUUGUAGUGGACAGCACAAUGAAAAUGUCGACCCAGUGUGCGGCAGCUGUGAAAAAGGCAAAUUCCAUGCUAGGGAUAAUUAGGACAGGAACUGAAAAUAAAACAGCCACUAUCAUAAUGCCGUUGUAUAAAUCUAUGGUGCGGCCGCAUUUGGAAUACUGUGUACAAUUCUGGUCGCCUCAUCUCAAAAAGGAUAUUAUAGAGUUGGAAAAGGUUCAGAAGAGGGCAACCAGAAUGAUCAAGAGGAUGGAGCAACUCCCUUAUGAGGAAAGGUUGCAGCAUUUGGGGCUUUUUAGUUUAGAGAAAAGGCGGGUCAGAGGAGACAUGAUAGAAGUGUAUAAAAUUAUGCAUGGCAUUGAGAAAGUGGAUAGAGAAAAGUUCUUCUCCCUCUCUCAUAAUACUAGAACUGGUGGACGUUCAAAGAAGCUGAAUGUUGGAAGAUUCAGGACAGACAAAAGGAAGUACUACUUUACUCAGCGCAUAGUUAAACUAUGGAAUUUGCUCCCACAAGACGCAGUAAUGACCACCAGCUUGGAUGGCUUUAAAAGAAGAUUAGACAAAUUCAUGGAGAACAGGGCUAUCAAUGGCUACUAGCCAUGAUGGCUGUGCUGUGCUACCCUAGUCAGAGGCAGCAUGCUUCUGAAAACCAGUUGCUGGAAGCCUCAGGAGGAGAGAGUGUUCUUGCACUCGGAUCCUGCUUACGGGCUUCCCCCAGGCACCUGGAUGGCCACUGUGAGAACAGGAUGCUGGACUAGAUGGGCCACUGGCCUGAUCCAGCAGGCUCUUCUUAUGUUCUUAUGUUCUUACAGGUGUGUAGCAUCACAGCUCUCUCCUCCAAUAGAGAAAAACAGCAGGCAGGCCUAGGAGGAACAGCCAAGCAGAAGUCACUGCUGCUUCAUUGCAACUGCUGCUUCAUGCAGUCGCCUCACUUUGCCCAAGAGUAGGGCUGGCCCUGGUAGCUGGAGUAGAAGCAGGCCACUGCAUGUUUGUAGAUGUGAAGGACGUAAAGAUAUCUUAUCACCAUAUAUAGAAAUACAUUUGGCAUGUGAGGGAGGGGGAGAAAGGUGCUGGAGAAAAGAUUAUAGCAUCUUCUUAUGCAGAGCCCCAUUUAUACUUGCUUUCAGCAUGCUGAAUGGCUGGAUUGCAUUUCUUCUGUCCUAUAGGGGUGCUUCUACACAGCAGUUUAUUGUGGACUUGGUGCUGGUCUUGCAUUCAAGUUUUUUAUGCAGCAACCACAUGAAGAUGUCCUCAUCAAAAUGCCAUCCCAUUUUCCUCACCCCCAUUUAAGCAGGAUUUACUGUUUCCUUUUUCUUACCAGAUUUUCCAUGGAAAUCCAGAUUGAAUGGGAAAACAAAAUGGGUUGCGUUUUCAUGGGGACAACAUUAUCUGAAUCCUGUGCAAAACUUGCAGGCACGAGUAUCAAGUCCACAAUAAAUUGCCAUGUGGAAGCACCCUGGGUCUUUUGUCACAGUUAUAAGUAUGAGGAUUCAACCAAAGCAGAUUGAUCUGACAACAAUUUACUGUUGUUUUCUAGAGAGGAACGUAUUUUAAUAAUUUCAUCUGUAAAUGCCUAAUUUAUUUGUUUCUGUUCUUUUGCUGAAAGGAUGACAAGGAUAGGAAAGUGCCAUUGAUCAGUGGCAGAGCAUCUCUUUUGCAUGCAAAAGGUCCCAAGUACAAUCCCCCACAUCUCCAGGUAGGGCUGGGAGAGAACCCUGCCUGAAACCCUGGCUGAAAAGUCGCUGCCAAUCAGUGUUGACAACACUGCUCGAGAUGGACCAGUAGUAUGGCAGCUUCUUUUGCUCCUAACUAUUAGCAUGGGCUGCCAUCAAAAUGUUAGGGCUGCUCAGUCCACGCAUACGUUUAUUAGCAGUAUUAUUUUCUCAGAUGUAUGAACUAUAUAUGUAUGUAGCACAAUCCCUCCUCCAUCCCAAUAGCUGUGACCCUGCCCAUUUGACACCUGCUGUGAGCCACCCAUCUUUGCAUUGUCCCUGCCUGUCUUCUCCAGCUGCCUGCUUUUCUUUUCUCAUACAUUUCCCCCCUCCUUACAAGGCUUCAGUUAUCAAAAAUAGAACUGGGUUGCAAGGCCUAAAAAUAAAAAUCACGAAUGGAGGCACAUGUGUGCAAUGAUUUAUCAGAACUGAAAGGAUGGGUAAAUGCCAGAUGGUUUGCAUGAUCUUAAAAU